UGAAUACGCGUUCUACGACUUUGCAGAAUUUCGCUAGUGUAUCCAAUCUUUGAGCUAACAAAGUACAGAGAGCGAAAGUGAGGAAAAGGCUAUCCAAGUUUGGGCAGCUGUGCUAGUUGUGCUGAGUUUCAUGGUCUAUCAGUCUUGUUGCCUUGUAAACCGUCCAGAUGCUGUCAUUACGCUCCAGAGGACAUAGUAUCCUUCGCCGAUUCGUGUUCAUCCAAACUUAUCCCAGUCGUUUUCAAACCUCCGCAGCGUCUAAAGCUAGUGACAGGGAAAGCAACUCAAAUCCAUAUCCAUAUCCAACACACACGAACCCUAGACCACACCAAAUAUUCCACCUACCGCACAAUGCUUCUCAGAAUGACGUGAAAAGGAGAUACUAUGAUCUCGUCAGGAUAUAUCAUCCAGACUCUCCCGUGGCACGCCACUAUGCUCCAGAGGUCUCGCAAGCUCGCUUCCAGUCUAUCACCCAAGCAUAUGACAUGCUCCGCGGGAAAAGCGCCUUUUCUGAGGAGACGUUGGCCUCUAGGACUGCCAAUAUUAGGCAUUCCGAUAUUUGGAGAGGUAGGUCAUCCAGACGGCCCCAUUUUGAUGAUACUUCAGGAGAUGAACGAUGGAAAGAGAGAACUAUAGCCGCAGUGGUCAUAUUGACCCUCGUUGCUUUUGUGGUACAAACUAUGACAACCCGACAACAGGCACUGGCAGAAAUAGUGGCUCGGAGCCAACGCAAACCACAUGAUAUUAAAGGGACUCAAGAGGACCAUACACUGGGAGAAGAUUCAAAGACCACAUGACAUAGAUCGUAAUCAAAAUCUACCUACAGUAUGUUCAGAUUAAUGCAUAUACAUUGGGUGCGAGAUCACUCACCAAUGAUCAUUCGAUGCAUCCCCGUCCCAAUAUCGGUGCCUUAUAAAACGCCUUUGACUUGUGCGUGGGCUGUAGCGCCGAUGAAUGAUGACACUUUAGUAUGACAAUCUGGCAGACUAACCUUCAACACCGCCCACUACAUCCUGCUGGAGGAAUGUAUUGACAUGUGUGGAUGAAAU